AUGACUCGCGAAUUGCAGAAAUUUUUCGCAGCGAUCAAAGUCCGGAAGACAGAAAGUGAUUUACUGUACAUGGCAUUAUUCAUUGAUUUCCGAAGACAGACGUUAGUUUUUUGGGUAUUAGAUAGUUCUACUAAAUGUAUUGGCUUUCUUUUCUCCGCUAUGACAACACAUUCUCAAAAUUGGUUAGGCUUGCAAGUUGCAGCAGAUUCUGGUGAAGAAAGUACAAAAAGUUGGAAUUGCUGUAACAAACACCAUUCUGCAAAUGAAAAUUGGCGAAUUGUAAAGCAAAAGAAAAAAAAACAACUGAAACCUACAUCAAUGAAAACUUUUGAAAAGAAUCAGAUUGCAUAA